GAAGGCGGGUCACCACAAGAAAGUGAGUGACAGUAGAGUUUGAUUUGUACAUAGGGUGAGGCAGUUUUCCAAGAGCCAAGAGAGUUUCCUGAUCUGUACACCUAUCUAGAGCAGUUUUGUAGGGACGUUGCUGUUUAGUGCCAGGGCUGCAUCACAUUAAAGCUGCACAAUGAAGCUGUUUCUCGGUAUUGCCAUCGUCUGCACUUGUUUUGUUAAAGUACAAUCUCGGAGCUGUAACGCCUGUACAGGAAUUAAUAGUCCAUGUCAGCCAAAGCAUGUCACUUGUCAAGAUGGGAUUAACAGCUGUGUGACGGUUUUAACCACAGUCAAUGCUGCUGGAACUACAAAAGGCUUUGUUCUGGACUGCGGAAUUUGCAAUGAAAACACCUCCAUCAACUACGGUUCUACUUCUGUUGAAGUGAAAUGUUGCAGUUCCGAUCUCUGUAACAACCAGAAUUUUGAGGCUCCCACUCCGAAUGGUCUCGAAUGCUAUACCUUGUCAGCUGGAACUGGUACCAGCAAUCCAGGAAUUGUGAAAUGUUUCGGGAUUCAGGAUCGCUGCUUGAAAACUACCGUUAAAUUUGAAGGGUCAUUCAUACAAAUCAAAGGUUGUGCAACCCAGAGCGUUUGCAAAGUCAACGACAUUCCACAACUCGGAAUGCAAGUCAGUGCUACUGUCAACUGUUGUGAUGGCAACCUGUGUAAUACAGGCACAGCCCUUCCAG